AUGCGAUCCUUUCUAAAAAGUAUUAGCCUCCCUGCGCUGGGUUUCAUACUGGCGACUGCUCUUCUCGCCACCCCCAUAGCCGCAGACUCAAGUCUCGUCGGAUACCUGGGUGCCUUUUUCCUCGGCGACGAGCCAUCUGUUUACUUCUAUCUCAGCAAUGGAAACAACGCUCUCUCCUUUAGUCCCAUGAACAAGGGUGCGGCAGUCAUCAAGCCGACCAAGGGGACGGGGGGUGUCCGCGACCCGAACAUUGUGACCGGUGGCGGCAAUGAAGAAGGCAAGAAAUGGUACAUCAUCGGGACAGAUCUGGAUAUCAACAAAACCACAUGGGAUCUUUCACAGCGCAAUGGUUCGCGGGGCAUUCUUGUCUGGGAAAGCACCGAUCUCGUCAACUGGACAAAUGAACGGCUUGUGACGGUUGAAGAUGACACGGCCGGUAUGGUGUGGGCUCCUGAGGCUUUAUGGGAUGCAUCGAUGAACCAAUACAUGGUUCACUGGGCAUCCAAAUUUUACAAGACAUCGGACCCAGGGCACACCGGCGCGCCAUCCAGCACCGUGAUCCGAUACGCCCACACGAGCGACUUCAUCACCUUCACGGCGCCCAAAACCUACAUCGACCUCAGCCCCACGGACGUCAUCGACCUCGCCAUCCUCCCCGUGCCCAACAGCGACGGCAGGUUCAUCCGCUUCCUGAAGGAUGAGACGCGCAAGACCGUCUUUGUCGAGUACGGCUACUUGGGCCUGCAUGGAAACUUCACCAGGGACGGCGGGAACAACGCAACCAUCGACUCCGGGGUCGAGGGACCGGCGCCGUUCUGGGACAACAAGGACCCGUACACGGCUCACCUCCUAUUGGACCACUACGACGGCGACGGAUACUGGCCUUAUGAGAAUGCCGUCAACCCGGCAAAAAACACUGGCUGGUCGGUGAGCGACCGGUCCGACUUCCCCAAGAACUUGAGGCAUGGGAGUGUCUUACCGAUCAAUCAGACGUUGUAUGACAACUUGAAGUCGUCGAAACUGGCAUGA